AUGAUACAUGAUCCGGUGAUUGCGAUAGAUAGGUUCAUAAAUGAGUUGACAGUUUCUGUCAUGUUAGAAGAGUCACUUGGUGGUAUGAUAUUAGAUGAAGGAAUGAGUUUAAUAGAUAUGGAUGUUAUCAGGUCACAAAGGCUGUGGAGCGAGGUUUUGCAUCAAAAAUCAAGGUUCAGGGCACUGGAUUGUUUAAUGUCAAGGCUAGCCAAUAUAAAACAUGAACGUAUUGUGAUGCGAAUUCUGUGGAGCAUAGAUUUUGCUAUUGAAAAGACAAUGUUCUCACCAAGAGAAAUCGCUCAUUCACUGGUAUGCUCAGAGCAUCUGCGUGUGGAGUCUCCCAUCUUGUUUCGGUGUAUAUUUAAGCUUCUUCUAAAGCUUAUUUUCUUUCUGGAUUAUAAGAGCAACCGUGAGGUUUUUAAUAAAAGCAUUGAAAAGUCAUCACAGUUUACAGAGAAAAUGUUCUGCGACCGCACCUUGUUUUAUACUAUUGACCCUUCAUUAGAGUUAAUACAGCUACUAUUAUGUCGUGAGAUAUGCCUGAUGCCUGCCUACUUCGCUAUGCAUGAGCUAAUUCGAAAUUUUUCUAGCGAAUUUGGCGACGCUCCUCAGUUUAUUCAAACAGAAUUCAACAACUUUAUGGACAGUUUCAAAAGGCCUGCGCGCUUGCUGUAUUCGAGAGUUUACCAUGCCAUGACUCCUUUCUGCGGAAUAACCUCAUUGAGUGCUCCAAACUAUAGACUGGAUUCUUCUAAUCUCGUCUUGACUUCUAUUAAAGGUGCUAUGCGAUAUCCUGAAUUUCUUACAAGCUCACAGCUACCUCUUUUGUGUACAGUUUUGGGUCAGCUGCGAAGUUUUGAACUUACAACCGGAAUGCUUGAUCCUGCGAGUGGAAAAGUUAAAACUCGAUCUGUGGGCCUGGAACUUGCGUUGGUCGAAUUAAUUGUUCAGGUUAUGGAACUGUUGGAAUGUACAAACGACGAAACGUGGAACCGUACAAUAUUCGAACAUUUAAUAAGUGUUAUGAUUACCUUCAUGCUGAACAGCACGGUUAGAUUUAAUGAAAUUGUUGUCAAACUUAAUUCAAAACUGGAAGGUCGUACGUGGACUAAAUCAAGUCAUUAUGUAAUGUGGUUCGUGCUAAAUGCUACUUCAGGAUUCAUUGGAAAAAAUAUGUUAACAGAUUUUGUCCCUUGCCUCCGGCUUUUCGAUAUUUUGUUCCCUGAAGCUGAAGAUCCUGACCGAGCUAUCGAUCUCCCUAUACCAUGUUGUGGUAGGAAGGAUUCCACUGGUCAGUCAAAUGAUAAUGAGAUUAGUUUAACACAAAAAGAUGGAGUUCUGCCCAAAAACAUCUUAGGCAAAGAACUAAGCAGUACAACAGAAAAUACUAAGUUUAGUGUUUCUCAAUUUCAUAUCUCCAAAAAGAUGGAUAUCGAUAGAUCUGAUCUCAAUCGUGAACUUGUUACCCAUAAAGAUAAUGAAAAUGAAGUACAGGAACAAAGCUCCACUUCUGCUGAGGAUUCGGACAACGAAUGUAUUCAGAAUGAAACCGAGAGUUUACUUCCUCCUCACUUCCGCUCCUCUACAGCUUGCUGGAAACGCCAGGGUCGACUUUUGCAUUUGGCUACAGCACCUGUUUGCCUUUGGCAACAUGUUUUACGUAAAAGUCGACUUGGUCAAGAUCAUCUGCCACGUGUUAUGCCACCAGCACUUAGACCGAUAGAAUCCCGUAUAUCACGUCGUAUGCAAGCACUAGUACAAUCUGUCAGUUCUACUCAAAUAUCUAAUAGUUCUGUUCAUCUAAUUUCAAAGUUGACAUGGAACCAACUUUUCGUUGUGCUAAAUGCUUUUAGUACAGACAAUGAAGUUAGUCAAUUAAUACAAAGGUUGAUAGACACAUUCUGGACAAAUGAAACUGCAAAGGAUAAUCAGAAACUGGAACAUGGAGUUUUAUGGUCACGAUUAAUAAAAAAUGGAAAAAUUGAUUUUCCAUACGACCUAUCUGCCUAUGGUCGCCUUCAACCUUUGUCUCACCAUCUUAUGCGCACAAUGUCUGUUCAUGUAAGAAUGCUAGUCUUACACUUCUUCCUACAAAAAUUCUCAGUCCUUCCAAAUUCCAAUAUGCUGUCUACACCAGCUGUUAUAGAAACUUUUUGUCGUAUUCUAGCUUGUCGCGAAGUGGAAUCAAAUAGCGUGAAUAGGAUUUUGUGCUUAUUAACUAAACUCCAACCAUUAUGGUCUUACAAUACCUCGAAUAUGGAACCCAAAUAUACCGUUUUAUGUAGUACCACUGAUCCAAAAGUCUCUAAUUACUUUACAUGCUCACUUGUUUACACAUUGCUCGAUACAUUAGGGUUCCGUCUUGCAGAUAUACUUACACCGGAGGUUCGAAUCCAUACUCUUACUUCGUUAAUAGGUUUAAUGAAAUUGUGGUCUAAUUGGAGUACUUCUGUUCUCGAUAAUAAAGAACCUAAAAAUCUUUGUGAUGGAGGGACUAACGAAAUUCCUAUUGAACUGCAAUAUUUAUUGGAUUGGAACAUCAUAAAAUUUGUGCGUAGCAUACAGGCACCAGAUUGUGUAAUUUAUGGGUUUUGUUCAGCUCUUACCUCUUCUACUCUUACUCAAACACAGCCGGGAACUAACAGCUUACACUCUGUUAAUAAUUCUGCGUGUGUAUCGCAACCACAAAAUUCGAACAUAAUAUCACAACAGGGCAGUGGUUUGAUGAAUAACACAACUGGUGGCUCUGUUCCAAUUAAUCGACCAUUUGUACCUGUAAAUACAGGCGUACCGACUUCGAUUCCAUCUUCUAGUAUUAUACAACCACCGAUUGAUCCUAUAUUAUCCUCGAAUACGGGUGUGAAUUCACUUACAAGUGGAUCAGGAAGUGCGGGUUUUCCGAAUUCAAUACCUGGUUACCCAUUCUUAAUGUGUGAUAAUGUUGAAGUUAAUCGUUUUGUACUAUACUCCUUAUUACAAAUGUAUCAUACGUUUGAUUUGGAAGAAGCAAGUGGAAUUCGGCCGAAUCUAGUUGAACAAAUUCGCUCCAUGUGUGAACAGUGUGGUCCAAAUAGUCUGAUAGAUUUACCUCAGCUAAUCACAAAACGUUUGCCUGAUUUUCUAAUUCUUGUUAUACGUCAGUUAACUAAUCCAAACACAGGUGAAUUUAACAUUGGUAGUCUCCCAUCAUCGGAUCCCAUGAAUAUAGAGUCAAUCGAAUCAACUUUACCGUAUACAGAUAAAUCUACUAGUUUAUCUAAACUUUGUUCAAUGGUACAAGAGGAGUACACUUGUUUUUCUAAUGGGAAUUUUGAAUGGAGCAAUGCAGUUAGUCGGAGUAAUGUGUUCUUAUGUUUAUUGUUUCGGUAUUUUAUGGAAUAUCAAAAUAUACCGAACAAACCAAUCAGUCUUUUACACCAUAUGUCUGCCAAAUUUCUCAAUCGACAAAUUCGUAUGCUUUGUGACUACAUAGUGUCUUCUUUGACAUUCACUGCACAAGUGGAUUUUACAACUGAAAAGUGUCUUUCUACAUUGUCAGAUUUCUGUGUACGUUGGCGUGUUGUUUCGUUAGAUCGAUUUCUAUUGUUCUUGCUCAUGCAUACAAGAUACCAACACUCACAACUCUUUACUGUAAAUCGAAUCAUUGUUUAUCUGUUUACACAAUCGGAGCAAAUCACUAAUGGGAUAAACUAUUUGGAUAAAAAAUAUGAGGCUAAUUCCAUUAAUAGCGAUUCAAGUACACUGAGAAAAUCACCUCAUUCUGACCCAUUGUCUAGUCGGGAUUGGUUUUCGUGUAUUCGUGCUUUGCAUGAAAUUAUUCCUGAUCAAUGGAUUACGUAUCCAAAGACUUGUACAAUAUCUUCUAAUACUAGUAACGAUCCAUCAGAUGAAACCGACAAACCUCCUUAUUUACCUGUAUUCUAUGGUCACUUGUUAUUACGUUUGCUACCAUUGUUAGAAGUUGUAAUAAUGCAGUUCUUAAUGUGUGAAGUUCCAUUUGUUCUAUUGAUACCAUUUUGCCGAGCUGUUGCUCCUUUGUUUCGUUAUCACAGGCGUCCAGUUAAUAUCUGCUAUACAUUAUUACGUGAUCAUGCCGAAUUCACUAUGAAAGGUUUACUGUAUAAAUUAUCAUAUCUAGGCUAUCCAGCAUAUCAUUCACAGUUGCCAGCCACUAAAUUUAUGGAUACUUCACCUUCAUCUGAAUCAGAUAUUGACAAAAUUCCAUGGAUUGUUGAUCGUUUAUUGUGUCAGUUAUUCGUUCACUGCAUAAUUAGUAAACACCAGCAGCUAGCUAUGAAAGCAGCGUUAACUCGUUCUUCAAAAGGUUUUGACCAACAAUGUAGUUCUGUAAAUGGUAUAUUUACACAACAAGGGUGGAAUAAUCUUCAGUUGUGUGUAAAGCAGUCAGAAGUAUUUUACGACGUAAUAUGUAGAAAUCCCAGUAAUGUUACUAGUGAUUGCAAUGUUGUUCAUGAUAACACAGAUCGGUCUGUUGUGAAUAUUUUACUUAAUCCAGAAUCAUUUGAGACACAGUUCAGGUCAAUGUUUAUGACAUGGUAUUCCUGUAAUAUAUUUAAAUACAAUUGGGAACAUCUAUUUGGAUUGAUUGAUCCAAUAUGUAAAAGCAACCAAAGACAUGGAAUUUAUGGGCAUUCAGCAGCAUGGAGAAUUUGGAAUUAUGAAGAGUCCGUAUGCAUUCAAACUGCAGGAUUAUAUGCUGCCUCAAUUGAACUAAUGUCCAAUUUUAUGUUGCCUAAUGAAUUGACAUCAGUUGUGUCUGAUUUCCUAACUAAUUGUGCGAAACAUAUAAAUUUCAAUCAACUACAAAAUAUCACUGGCGCCCUAGCUGUUAUUUUACCUAGUGUUUACCGAUUUCCUCUGUUUAAAUUUUGCGUCACCCUAUUCAAUGACCCAAUUCUUUGUGACACCACACCUGAAUCGAAUCCAAUAGAUCCAGAAAAUAUGUUCACGUGCAUCUCUGAUGUAAAGUUUACUAAUGAUCAUAAUACUAAUACUAAGUGGCGUCGUUCAUCAAGAGCUUUACGUCAUAGAAAAUUGCUAGAUGUUAAUUUAACCUCUGUAGAUAACGUCACUUUAACAUCUGAAGGUGCAUCAUUUAAAGACGGAAAUACUUCACUGCUAAAACCACCAAAAGUAGCUUUACAUUUCUUCGAAAAAUAUCUUCCAUUAGAUCAGAAAACAGACUCUGAUUUGGUCGAUACACUUAGUAAUGGGGGCUGUAGUGCUAUUGAGAUAUCACAUCAAAGUGCUGAAGCAAACCAAACUCUGAAGGACAAUUUCAAUAACUCGGACUUUUCGUCCGAUGUGACGGAAUACCUGAUUAAAGCUAAUUUAUGGCAUUCAAUUUGGGCACAUGCUAACACAUCACAUCUAGCAUCGUUACCUGGCAUUUUCUCAGAUCUCAUCUUACCGGAAUUGCACAAUGAAGCUCAACUACUGAUGGCAUUUUAUCUGGUUGCACCAUUAAUGGGAUCUUUGCACUCAGAGCGUCCAGCAAAAUUAGUCGAUUUAACUGCAGAACUUUACAGAGCUGUUUGGAAAGUUGAUACUAUUUUAGCUAAAUCAAACUAUCAAAACUCCAGUGAUUCGGAAAUUUCAAUGGAUAUAAGUAAUUCAAAACAACUAGGCGAACAUUUACCUUCGGAAACCGGUAUACCAUUAGUACAUGUUGAUACAAUAGCUGAUUUAUUGUAUCAUAUUAAAUAUAUGUACGUAGGCAAUGGGGUGCUCGAUCAAGUUCGCCCACUACUGCCACAACUUCGACCAAGUUUGCGUAAACGUCUCAAAUUCAUAUUACCUCAAGAUUCAUCAGUAUCACAGCAGCAACAAAAUCAAAAUGAUUCACAUCCAAUAUUUGAAGGUCGCGUAUAUCGUGCAUCUAUUAAACCGCCAUUGUGUAAUGGAGACUUUUAAAUUCAUUUAUAUUCAUUUCUUACUGUUUGCAAAUGUAUGUAACAAAUUAGUGUGAUCAAUGAAGACAAUGCUUUAAUUUCUUU